UGAAUGUUACUCAAUGGCAUUCCAGCAAAAGCAUUCGUCUCCGCAUCCCGCAAUCUUAAACGCUGGGCACCCACUCCCAUAGCUAAACUGAGCCGCUAUGUAGCCAUUCCGGCAGGAGAACUAUUGCCUCGCAAUUCACAGCCAAACAAACAGCACACGUGUGGUGCGGAUGAGGAAAAUGUAGCUAGGAUGUAAUCCUUUACCCGACUGGCCGUCCAUGUCCAUCCCGUGCUCUAUCUCA